AUGGUGAACAGAAAAUCGCCGGCGGACGCCGAGAUGUCGGAGCAGCAGGAGCCGCAGCCAAAGCCGCCGAUCGGUAACGUGCCGGCUACCACUCACGGCGGGCGAUUCAUUCAGUACAACGUCUCCGGCCACAUCUUCGAGAUCAGCUCCAAGUAUAAACCCCCAAUCAUAGUUGUUGGACACGGCGCGUAUGGAAUCGUUUGCUCGCUUAGGAACUCGGAGACGAAUGAGCAAGUGGCGUUGAAGAAGAUAACAAAUGCUUUUGCUAAUAAGGUCGAUGCCAGGAGGACUCUGCGAGAAGUGAAGCUUCUGCGACACAUGGAUCAUGAAAACAUUACUGCAAUCAGAGAUGUAAUCCCACCUCCUCACAGGGAGGCAUUUAAUGAUUGUUACAUUGCCUAUGAAUUAAUGGAAACCGAUCUCCAUCAGAUCAUCCGUUCUGAUCAACCAUUGUCAGAGUGGCAUUGCCAGUACUUCUUGUAUCAGAUUCUCCGUGGAUUAAAGUACAUACACUCUGCAAAUGUUCUGCACAGGGAUUUAAAGCCAAGCAAUAUUCUCUUGAAUUCAAAUUGUCACUUAAAAAUAUGUGAUUUUGGACUGGCACGUGUUGCUUCUGAAACCAAAUUGAUGACACGAGGUGUUGUUACAAUCUGGUAUCGGGCGCCAGAACUUUUGUUGAAUUCAUGUGAUUAUACUGCGGCUAUUGAUGUAUGGGCAGUGGGCUGCAUUUUCAUGGAAAUGUUGGAUCGGAAACCACUGUUCCCGGGUAGAGCUAUCGUCAACCAAUUACAUCUGAUUCUUCUGCUGAUCGGCAGUCCGUUAGACAAUGAUUUAAGCUUUCUGAGUGAACAUGGAAGAAAUUACAUGCGACAUAUUCCCCUUGUUCAACGGCAGUCAUUGAAAGAGAAGUUUCCGCAUUUGGACCCUCUUGCUAUUGACUUGGCUGAGAAAAUGCUUACGUUUGAUCCCAGGCAAAGAAUUACGGUGGAAGAAGCUCUGGAGCACCGGUACCUGAGGUUACUCCACGACAACAGCGACGAACCUGUUUGUCCAGCCCCUUUUAGCUUCGAAUUCGAGAAGUAUGAUCUGACAGUGGAGCAGUUGAAGGAGCUAGUAUACAGAGAGGCUCUUGCCUACAACCCUGAGUAUGACCAAAAUUGAGAAAUGAAUCAUCCAUCAAUCAUACUGAGAUUUCAAACUUGUCAUGUCAUAUACCAGCUCUGGGGCAAAACUGUUGGUGUUGGAAGAAUUAUCCUCCUCUUUUGUAAAAGGUAAAAACAGAAAAAGGAGGAUGUGUACAGAAACACAACUGCGACGGCACAAGCACUUCCAUGUUACGCAACGUCUCGGUCUGGUCUGGUCUGGUCUUACUUUGAGGUGAAAUAUGAAGAAGGUGUCAAGUGCAGCUGAGAGUUGAGAGUUGAUGAAUUCAGUACAACAGCAUGAUGGCAAAGGCAAUGGCAUCCAUCAUCUACGCUGCUCUCUUCUGUUCUGUCAGGUAAACUAACUAACUGUGUCAUUGUUAAUAUUUGAAAUCCACGACAU